UCAUCUCGACUAGAUAGAGUGUGAUAUUUUUUAAGGGCUUAAAUAAUAGUUAGCUUAAAAAAGAAAGGAGAAGAAAAGUUUUACUUUUAGAAAGAAAAAAAUCAUUUAAACGAAGCAACAUCUGCCCAAAUUGAUUGAAAUUAUAAUUUCCUAUUAACUCUGACCGUCGCUGUAGAGUUGACGGCAAAAUUAAACCGCCGCUCUAAGCAGUCCCGCCUCCGAUCUUCUCCAAUCCCUGACUCUGUACAGAUCCACUUUUGAUCGUAUUCGGAGUUUAUCCGAUCCCCGGAAUUAAUCGAAAGCACAGUGAAAGAAAUUGGCUGCACGCAGUUCUUUCAGAGAUCGAUAAACAUGGUGACCGACAUACUUCUUCAAAUUGCUCUCAUCCUCGUAAUGGUCGUCAUGUUCCUCGCUAUGCACAAUAUUCCGCAGAGAUACUUCGCCAAGCUCCGAUUGCGCUUCCGAUCCAACGUCGAAUCUAAACGCCACUUCGUGAGAGGCGCUCAGCUUCUCGCUCGAGCGAGAUCUGCUCCGUCGCGCUCCUCGGCCACAUCGUUAGCAGAAGAAGUCGUAGCGGAAGCCAAUAAGGCCAUAGCUCUGGAUCCUAAGGAUGCCGCCGCUCACAUCCUCAAAGCUUUGGCUCUCGACACUCAAGGAUUCAAAACCUCUGCUCUGGAAUCGCUCGAUACAGCUCUAUCGCCGCUCGUCGCUAAGUCGCUCAGCGAUGAAGAACGAGGCGACGCGUUGUUCAAGCGAGCUGAGUUGAAGAUGUCCACGAAUCGACGAGCCCUAGUUGACUCGGCUUUGGCUGAUUUGACCGAGUCCGUGACACUGAGUCAGAAUGCAAAUUCCUACUAUUGGUUGGGGAAAUGCUAUGAGACGAAGAAACUGAGAGAAGAGGCCAAGAAAGCAUAUGAAGAAGCUUUGAAUAUCGAACCACGAUUAUCCAAUGCUAGGGAGGCAUUGGAACGUCUAUCAUCAUCGCAAUCAAGCUGAUGUCUACUGUGAUCUAUGGAAUGUCAACGCUAGAAGAUAAGAGCAUCUUUCAAUUUUUCCAGGAAGACGAACCAAGCUUGGCUUCAAAUGUCAGAUGAUUAAUGGAAACUAAUAUUUCUCUUGCAGUAGAUUCACCCUUUUCAAUUCCAAGAGAAUUUAAGUAUUUGCACAUCUCAUCAAAUUGUGCAAAUCAAAACUUGUUAAGUUUUACUUUCACUUUUUGUUGGAUGCCCAAAGAUGAGCCAUGCCUGCAUCCAUGGGUUCAUUUGACAAACACAACCAUAUUUGAAUUACCACUUCGAGGAAUCUUUAUCAAUUUUUGUUUGAAGGAAUAUUAUGGGCUUCCGAACAAAGCUCGUUAUAGUCAAAAGAAUGAUUACUCAAA